AUGGCCGCGCUGCGGGGGAACAUGGCGGGGGGCGGCCGGGGGGCGCGGGGACCGCUGCCGCCGCCGCCGCUGCUGCUGCUGCUGCUGCUCGGCUGCUGCUGCCUGGGCCGCCGGCCGCCCGCCGCCUCCGCCGCCGCUCCGCCCGCCGCCGCCUCGUCGCCGUCGGCGGAGGAGACGGUGAUCAUCGGGCUGCGGCUGGAGGACACGGACGACGUCUCCUUCAUGGAGGGGGGCGCGCUGCGGGUGAGCGAGCGGACGCGGGUCAAGCUGCGGGUGUACGGGCAGAACAUCAACAACGAGACCUGGUCGCGCAUCGCCUUCACCGAGCACGAGCGGCGGCGGGGCGGCGGCCGGGCGGCGGCGGCCGACGGGGGGGCGGCGGCGGCGGCGGGGAGAGGAGGAGGAGGUGGAGGAGGAGGAGGAGGAGGAGGGGGCGGCGGAGCCCCGCAGCGCUGCGGCAUCCGCACGUCGGACAUCAUCAUCCUGCCGCACAUCGUGCUCAACCGCCGCACGUCGGGCAUCAUCGAGAUCGAGAUCAAGCCCCUGCGCAAGACGGAGAAGAGCAAGUCCUACUACCUGUGCACCUCCGUCUCGGCCCCCGCCGCCGCCGCCCUGGGGCCCGGGGCCGCCGGCGGGUUGGUGGGUGCCGAGGGACCCGCGGGACCCCCGCCCUGGGGGGAGACCACCUGGAUCUACCACGAUGGAGAGGACACCAAGAUGAUCGUCGGGGAGGAGAAGAAGUUCCUGCUGCCCUUCUGGCUGCAGGUGAUCUUCAUCUCGCUCCUGCUCUGCCUCUCGGGCAUGUUCAGCGGCCUCAACCUGGGCCUCAUGGCGCUGGACCCCAUGGAGCUGCGCAUCGUGCAGAACUGCGGCACGGACAAGGAGAAGAACUACGCCAAGCGCAUAGAGCCCGUGCGCCGCCAGGGCAACUACCUGCUGUGCUCCCUCCUGCUGGGCAACGUCCUGGUCAACACCACGCUGACCAUCCUGCUGGACGACAUCGCCGGCUCCGGGCUGGUGGCCGUGGUGGUCUCCACCAUCGGCAUCGUCAUCUUCGGCGAGAUCGUGCCGCAGGCCAUCUGCUCCCGGCACGGCCUGGCCGUGGGCGCCAACACCAUCUUCCUCACCAAGUUUUUCAUGAUGAUGACCUUCCCGGCCUCCUACCCUGUAAGCAAGCUGCUGGACUGCGUCCUGGGCCAGGAGAUCGGCACCGUCUAUAACCGGGAGAAGCUGCUGGAGAUGCUGCGGGUCACCGACCCUUACAACGAUCUGGUCAAGGAGGAGCUCAACAUCAUCCAAGGAGCCCUGGAGCUGCGCACCAAGACGGUGGAAGACGUGAUGACUCCGCUCCGGGACUGCUUCAUGAUCGCUGCCGAGGCCGUGCUCGACUUCAACACCAUGUCCGAGAUCAUGGAGAGCGGCUACACCCGCAUCCCCGUUUUCGAGGGUGACCGCUCCAACAUCGUGGACCUGCUCUUCGUUAAGGACCUGGCUUUUGUGGACCCUGACGACUGCACGCCGCUCAAGACCAUCACCCGGUUCUACAACCACCCGCUGCACUUUGUCUUCAACGACACCAAGCUCGACGCCAUGCUGGAGGAGUUCAAGAAAGGCAAGUCUCACCUGGCUAUAGUACAAAGAGUAAACAAUGAAGGAGAAGGGGAUCCUUUUUAUGAAGUCCUGGGAAUUGUCACUUUAGAAGAUGUGAUUGAAGAGAUCAUCAAGUCUGAGAUUCUGGAUGAAACAGACCUAUACACUGAUAACAAGACGAAAAAGAAAGUAGCUCAUCGGGACAGGAAGCAGGACUUCUCUGCCUUCAAGCAGACAGACAGCGAGAUGAAGGUUAAAAUAUCACCGCAGCUCCUCCUGGCAAUGCACCGCUUCCUGGCAACAGAAGUAGAAGCCUUUGGUCCAUCCCAGAUGUCAGAGAAGAUCCUUCUCAGGCUGCUAAAACAUCCCAACGUUAUCCAGGAGCUGAAAUACGACGAGAAGAACAAGAAAGCCCCAGAACACUACCUCUACCAGCGAAACAAGCCUGUCGACUACUUCAUUCUCAUUUUACAGGGGAAGGUGGAAGUGGAGGCUGGGAAGGAGGGGAUGAAGUUUGAAGCUGGUGCUUUUUCCUACUAUGGGGUGAUGGCCCUCACAGCAUCGCCAGUUCCCUUGUCCCUGUCUCGUACCUUUGUUGUCAGCAGAACAGAGUUGUUAGCAGCAGGUUCUCCAGCCGAAAACAAGUCUCCACCUCGGCCCUGUGGCUUGAAUCACUCAGACUCUUUAAACCGAAGUGAUCGCAUCGAUGCAGUGACACCGACGUUAGGGAGCAGCAACAACCAGCUCAAUGCGUCUUUCCUCCAAGUGUAUGUUCCGGACUACUCAGUGAAAGCACUCACAGACAUUCAGUUUGUCAAGAUCUCAAGACAGCAGUACCAAAAUGCCCUGAUGGCAUCCCGGAUGGACAAAACACCUCAGUCCUCGGACAGUGAAAACACUAAAAUCGAACUGACUCUUACGGAGCUGCAUGACGGUUUGCCGGACGAGACAGCAAACCUGCUGAACGAACAGAACUGUGUGACUCACAACAAGCCCAACCACAGUAUGCACAGUGAAGGAGCCAUCUAGGAGCUGACUUCCCACAACCCACCCAUCCCAUCUCCUCAGCGGGACCAGCCCUCGCUCCUUCCUGCCUCCUCCCCGAGUGUGAACACCGUUAGUAUGUGCUUGCGACACUGUGCUGCAUCCAGUGUUCUGAGACCAAAGACUUGUGCGUCCGUUCUGGGAGCAGAAGAGGAAGAAACGGGAAGAAAGGAGCAAAGAGCAAGACAGAGAGACUAAAGCCCCAAGUGUACUUUGGGAAUGGUGAGCCACCCUUGAGAACAAUGAAAAUACUUCCUGCAAAGCAGAAUCAUGUUUAUUUUUUAUCUGUAUUUUUGAUCCUUGUUGGGUUUUUUCCUCCUCAAACACAUAUGGAGAAGUUUAAAAGCUGCUCCGGUUAUUUUUUCAAGAGAGAUCAUGUUUUUAAAAAGUAUUUUGCAGAGUUUUAAAUUGUUUCUGUCCCUCCCCAGCCUCAGAUAGGCUCUGUUGUGAUUUUGUGAAUUGGCUCCAAAGUCCGUAGGCCUCUUUUCACCCCUCUCUGGUCCUUUUUGUUGCCCUGUUGAAGAAGUUAGUAACUGGUACUUGUAUGUAUUUGUGUCCUAAGAAUGAGCAAGCUUCUAGGAAACUCUGGUUUCAGCCACCUGGAGGGUCACGGGAUGAGUAUUAUUACAUUCUCCCAGUUAAGUUUCAGGGAAGGAGGAGUGGUUAUUUUGGUAUUUAAUGAUCUCUCAAAUUUCGGAAGGUUUCUUUGUAAAACGGACAAAAGCAUUGUUACACUUGCAGUUUUGUAACCUCCAAAACCUUUGUGGGCGUUGAAGAUGAUUCUGGGGGGCAGGAGUUAAUUAGCAAAACUGCAGUCUGGUGAAAUGAAAGUCAGGUGUAAUUUU